UAUCUGCAUGCAAUAUAUAUCCUCUGAAUUGAAAAAGAUGGAUGGACAGGCAGAUAGGUUUCUCUAUCUAUCCCAAGAUACUCUAAAUAACUUCUGGUAAAGAAUAGUCUUAAGUUUUAUCUCAAUUGAAUAGGUGCCAAUUCUGUAGUUAUGUAAAAAAAAAAAAAAAAAAAAAAAAAAGUUAGGUAGGAAGACAGCAGACAGACCCAUCUCUACCCCAAGCUACCAUAUGCAUCUAUAAUUCUGCAUGAAAAUGGCUUCUGCUCUCUGUUCUGAACGUCCCUUCACGCGUUCGUUUAAAGAUAAAACAAUAUGUCGGUCUAGUUUCGUUCAGCUGUUGUCCACUAAGUGGCAGCACCGGGUUAGGUUGGUUUAGGCAGCCAUUACAUUCCAGCAAAGAAACAAUUAUCUGGGAUUGAUUACAACAUCAACACAAUCGACUGAUUUUGCCUUACUGAGCAUGUGGGUUUGUUUUACUCUGGCGCAAAGGUCAAAACCUCGGUCCGAAACGCAAGCAACUUUACGUAGAAGUGCAAAAAUAGGAAGUGAAAGAAAUACAAGGUUGUAGCCACGACAUGCUAUUCCUGCUUUUAUAAUGUCCUUCUUAAACUCUGCUGCCCGUUUUAUUCAACGCGUCUGCAGAUACAGCAAUGUGAAGCUUCUUGCGGCGUCAGGGGUGAGCAUUCAGGCUGGUCCCCGGACUGCCUUGGCGGACGAGGCUUUGAAGAUCCGCGUGUCGGGUCUGAGACCCUUACAAGAGGUCACUGUGCGGGCCGUGGUCAUCAGCGAUGACGAUUCCAUGUUCGACUCCUCUGCCCAGUACCGGGCAGACCGGCAAGGGGAGCUGGACCUGACUAGGGACCCUAGUCUGGGCGGCGCUUUCACGGGCAUUGAAGCAAUGGGGUUGCUAUGGAGCCUCUUACCUGCCCCUAUGGAAGUGCCGUGUCGGCGUUUGCUCAAGAAAGAUGUUAUGAAGGGGCCGCAGUUCAUGGACCUCUUGGUGCACCGGGACCUGUCGGAGCGUGGCAAGAUCCCCGGUCCGGUACUGGCUAAGACCCGAGUUGGGAGGUGGUUCGCCGGCCAAGGAGUAACGCGAACUAAGCUCAGUGAAGGCCGAGUCCGGGGCAGUUUGUUUCUGCCUGCAGGAGCUGGCCCCUUCCCUGGUGUGAUUGACAUGUACGGCGAUGAGGGCAGACUGACAGAGUAUCGAGCCAGUCUAUUGGCCAGCCGGGGGUUUGCUGCCCUGGCCCUGCCCUAUCUGGGGACAGAGCACCUCCCAGAAUCCUUCAGUGACUUAGACUUUGGCUACUUCGAGCAGGCUGCCAGCUUCCUGCUUCGCCACCCAAAGGUGAGGAGCUUGGGUCUGGGCGCAGUGGGCACUGGAAAAGGUGCGGAGCUGGCUCUGGCCAUGGUCACCUUCCUGCCCCAGGUCGUGGCUGCUGUAAGCAUCUCUGGUUGCCAUGCCAACACCGGUGGGGAGCUGCGGUACAGAGACUGGGUCCUGCCAGGCCUCAGCUACACAGCCAGUCUGGCGAGGAUGCUGGAUUCCGGAGUACUGGACCUCUCGGAGACACUGGCUGACCCCUGUGACCCCAGCCACCGGGCCAGCCUUAUUCCUAUUGAGGAGGCGGAGGGGCACUUCAUGUUCGUGGUGGGGGAGGAUGACAGGAAGUGGAAGAGUGCGGCGUAUGCAGCGGCUGCAGUUCAGAAGCUGAGCGAAGGGGGGCACCACAACUACAGAGUUCUGAGCUACCCUGGAGCAGGGCAUCGCAUUGACCCACCCUCCUCACCCUUCGCCCAGGCAGUCCUGGACCAGACCCUGGGGGUACCCGUGAUGGAGGGAGGGAAGCCCUCUGCUCAUGCCCACGCCCAAGCACAUGCUUGGGAGCAGAUUCAGGAGUUUCUCCAUUCUAACCUGGGGGGCUCCUGUGUUUAAGCAGAACUAAUCAUUACUUUUUCAAAGUGCAUAUGACACCAUCAGUACAACAAAUAUGGAGAACUUGUUAAUAAAUCCUGUUCAACGGUGGAAUAUUACUUCAUAGUAAUUACCCUUAUUUGGACACUGUUAACAUUUGAGAUUUCAGAGUCACAUGUUUUUACAAAAGCAAUUUUUCAUUUCAGAAAUGAAAAGAAAAACCUAGGUGUUGUCUAAUCUUUUAGUGAUGUAGUUAAUGGGCUGCAAGAGAACUACAUGAUACCUUGUUGUGGUUCAGCUUUGCUCAAGACCCCCCUGUUUAGACUGCACUUGUAGAUCUCUCAAUCUACCCCUCCUACUAUGCACUGGACUGGUCUGAGCCAAGUACCACAUCACUGGAUCCUCAGCUAAUGCACCAUCCUUGAUCUAUAUAACUUGCUGUAAUCCUAACUUGUUGCAUCCUAGUUCAUAUAUUGUACUUAAGUAGUAUUAUUUGCACUUACUGUAAACUAUACUGUAUUUAAAUAUGAAUCUUUUAUUGUAAUACAGGUGUCAUAGGGCAGUACAGUAAGUCACCUUGGAUAAAAGCAUCUGCCAAAUAAAUAACAAUAAACUCAACAUUUUUAAAUCAGAAAUUGCAUGGAUUUCAUUUUUCUUUCCAAAUGGGUUUUAAAAGCUGCCAUUUUUAGUUUUGCAAUAAAAUUUA